AUGCCCCAGCAGCGGGGGCGCCGUGGGGGGAGGCGGCCCCCGGUACGCAGCAUCCGGCCCUUUAAAUCCAGCGAGCACUACCUGGAGGCCAUGAAGGAGGACCUGGCCGAGUGGCUGCGGGGACUCUACGGGCUGGACAUCCACGCGGCCAACUUCCUGCAGUUGCUGGAGACCGGCCUGGUGUUGUGCCGCCACGCCAACGCCGUCACCAAGGCCGCUCUGGCCUUCUUGGCCAAGGAGCCCGCCCGAGCGCUCAGGAUCCCCCUGCCCCGGGCCGGGGUUCCCUGCAACGGCGCCGCCCAGCCAGGCACCUUCCAGGCCCGGGACAACGUCUCCAACUUCAUCCAGUGGUGCCGCAAGGAGAUGGGUAUCCCAGAGGUGCUGAUGUUCGAGACCGAAGACUUGGUUCUGCGCAAGAACGUGCGGAACGUGGUGCUGUGUCUGCUGGAGCUGGGCCGCCGGGCCUGGCGCUUCGGGGUGGCAGCCCCCACGCUCGUGCACCUCGAGCAGGAGAUCGACGCGGAGCUGCGGCGUGAGCUGGCCUUGCCGCCGCCCGACCCCCCGCCGCCCGAGAUCCCCGUGCGCAGACCCUGCCACUUCCGAAACCUGGACCAGAUGGUCCAGCGCCUCGUGAGCCGCUGCACAUGCCCCGUCCAGUUCCCCAUGAUCAAGGAGUCUGAGGGCAGGUACCGUGUGGGCGAUUCCAACACACUCAUUUUCAUCCGGAUCCUCCGGAACCAUGUGAUGGUGCGCAUAGGGGGAGGCUGGGACACCCUCGGCCAUUACCUGGACAAACAUGACCCGUGCCGGUGCACGUCACUUUCACACAAGACCAGCGGCUUUCUGAGGCCCGGGGCCACACCAGCACAGCAUGAAGUGAUGGUACAGGAUGGCCCCUCGCCACUCCAGCCUACCAUGACCAUCAGCCGCUCGCAGAGCCCCUUGCCUCCUGUGGACUGGGAGAUGUACACCUCGUCUGGUCGGAAGCUCUGGUCCUCUGCAUCCUCUUCUCCCAGACCCUGCAAUGCUGUGGGAGAAGGGUCAGGGGCAACCAGAGAGACAGCACCACUCCUGAGAAAUCAGAUGUCCUUCACCCCCUCUUGGAAGCCGCUGCCAGCUGGGCAGAGCCCACCCAGACCCCAAUCUUCUACCACCCCUCAUGGACGAGACUCAGAGGGCACAUCUACUGGGAGGAGAGAGGACAGAAAACCUCCUGAAUUCACCCAGGGACAGACUUGCAGGGUCUCCAAGGAUGGAACUGACUGGGGAAUCCAUGCCAGGACCCAGACACCUCAGUUACAGGCCCUGGAGGCCAGAAAAACACCAGCAAGAAGGGGGUCAAUUUCCUGUGGCCUGGGAUGGCCAGGGGUGGCCCAAGUUGUGCCCUCUCAGCUUGGGGAACCGGCAUCUCUCAGCUCUCCAUCUCAGAUGCCAGUACAGCCGCCUUCUGCCCACAUCUCCACUUCUACCCUAAGCAGCACUGUCCCCAGAGCCCCACCAAUGCCGGCAACAGCACCCAGGAGUCAGCCAGUUUCGUUGAAGGCCAGAUGUGGGGACCAGCGUGAGUCCCAGCCCAGGAGCUGUGCUGAGAGAGGGAAGCAAGAGGGCCAGCAGGGUGGUAUGUGUGUGAGCAGGAACUCUGGGUCCUGGGGCUGGGAACCUUCAGAGCAAGAAGGGAGCCCUUCACCCCUUCCUGAUCCCUGCGGGCUUGAGGAGAAGCUGUCAGCCAGCCUGGAGCUGCUGCGUGUGGGGGAGGCCUGUCCACAGGGACCAGAGCCCAUGCUGGCUCUGCACAGCAGCACCUGUGUUCCUGGUCUGGGUGGGCGGUGGCCCAAACCUGGGGGUCCCUAUGACAGAGUUAUCCAAGAAUUGGCUCAGGGUCCCCCACCCCUCCUAAAAGUGAACCUGGGGGCCUGGAGGGCCAUCCACCGAGGUCCCCCCAAGCAGGCUGGUACCGUCCACCUCAGAAGUCCCACAGGGAAACCAGAAGCCCAGGAGGGCAGGUCCCCAAGGAGGGAACUGACUGGGGAAUUCAUGCCAGGAACCCUAAGUGUCAGGGGUCCUGGGACAAAGAGGGACUCUUUUCUGGGAGGGCAGGACUGUCCAUCUCCUUCAUCUGCCAGGGAGAACCCCACUCCGUGCCCCUCAGACCCCACUCCCCACAAAGAUAGAACUGGUAAAGGCAAGGCCAAGAGAACACUUCGGAAGCCACAGAAAAUCCCAUCUAUCUAUAAGCUGAAGCUGAGGCCCCGGAUUCGGCCCCGGAGAGACCAUCGGCCUGAGAAGCGGCCAUCUCGGAUCCCCAAGCCUCUGGCCUACUUACACCUGAGACCAGCCAGGGUGUCCCCCAGGGAAGGUGGAGCUCGGGGUGAGGAGGAGGGAAAGGCAAGGAGCCAGCCUUCUGCUCCUCUGGGGAGCAGCCCCCAGUAUUGGGAGGGGUCCGGGCCUCUGCAGCAGGACUCUACCCCAGCCCCUGCAGAGGAAGAGUCCUGGGUCUGA